GAAUACUAAUGACAAUAGGCGGAGUGGUUACCCAGCACCAUCUCCUGUCCAACAUGGCGACCAUAGUGAACGGUGGAAAAAUGUGGAGAUCUUUUGCCCAAACCUUGAACAAACCGGGACUUAGCGGACUUCCUUACAGAAGUGGGAGCACUUUUGCCCAGAAGAGAAAAGUAUCUGCAAAAGCUAAGUUUAGUGGUGGUCGGAAUGUGGUCCUUGUUGAAGGAGUACGAACUCCAUUUCUAAUGUCUGGCACAAGUUAUGCUGAUCUUAUGCCCCAUGAUUUACAGCGUGGUGCUCUUCAGGGGCUCAUCACCAAGACUGGAAUAGACCCUGGUGUUGUUGAUUACGUGUGUAUUGGUACAGUUAUCCAGGAAGUUAAGACUAGUAACAUUGCUAGAGAGGCUGCUUUGGGUGCAGGCUUUCCUGAAAAGGUCCCAAGUCAUACAGUCACCAUGGCCUGUAUCUCAUCAAAUCAGGCAAUCUCCUCAGGAGUUAGCAUGAUAGCUGCUGGACAAAUUGAUAGUUGCGUAGCAGGAGGAGUAGAGUUUAUGUCAGAUGUACCUAUAAGAUUCAGCAGACCACUACGAAAGACUUUGCUCUCUUUAAACAAGGCCAAGACAUUGGGCGCUAGACUAAGUUUACUAUCUCGUCUCAGACCCAGUUUUCUUGCGCCAGAGCUUCCAGCAGUUGCAGAGUUCUCAACAGGCGAGGUUAUGGGGCACAGUGCAGAUCGGCUAGCAUCUGCCUUUCAUGUUAGCAGACAAGAACAGGAUGAGUAUGCAUUGCGGUCACACACACUGGCGCACCAAGCUACACAGGCAGGCAAGCUGACAGAUGUGCUGUCAUACCAAGUGCCUGGUACGACAACUGUACUGUCUGCAGAUAAUGGCAUCAGGGUCUCCACCCCUCAACAGAUGGCCAAGCUCAAGCCAGCUUUUAUCAGGCCAUUUGGAACAAUCACAGCAGCUAACUCCUCAUUCUUGACUGAUGGUGCCUCUGCAUGCCUUGUUAUGUGUGAAGAGAAAGCCCUAAGCAUGGGACUCAAGCCAAAAGCAUAUCUCAGAGAUUACGUCUAUGUUUCACAAGAUCCUAAGGAUCAGCUUCUUCUAGGCCCUGCUUAUGCUACACCCAAACUUUUGGAAAAGACGGGUCUGAAGCUGAGUGACAUUGAUGUCUUUGAGUUCCAUGAAGCAUUUGCUGGCCAAAUUCUUGCCAACAUGAAAGCAUUAGAUUCGGAUUGGUUUUCACAAAACUACAUGGGGCGUUCUUCAAAGGUUGGGGCACCGCCUAUGGAGAAACUCAACACCUGGGGCGGAUCCCUUUCCAUCGGUCACCCAUUUGGUGCCACUGGGGUCCGCCUGGUCACAACAGCGGCAAACAGGCUUAACGAGGUCGGGGGGAAAUAUGGACUUGUGGCAGCAUGUGCCGCAGGUGGACUGGGGCACGCCAUGAUCGUUGAAAGAUAUCCCUCAUAGUUUGCACCGUUUAGUUUCUGAAUCCCAUAGACCGGCGUGUCAGGACACGGCGUGCAAUGACACGCUAAACUUUAACUCGCACGCUCUCUUUAAGAGAUUGCUCUAACCUUAUUGUUAGCGAAGAGGUUCAACUAAAUUGUGUAUACGAUGUCGGUCAUAAAACUGUUUUACUCGA